UAUGCAGCAACCGGAGGAGUCACGUUGGGGGAACGGCAGAAAGCAGCUAUCCGUUUACACUACUUUGCUCUAGCAGCUAUCUUAAUGAUCGCAAGUGCGGCGGACAUCAAGCAGGAGAAUGGGAUGGAAAGCGCCUCGGAAGGGCAGGAGGCGCACCGAGAAGUGGCGGGGGGCGCGGCGGUGGGGCUGAGCCCCCCGGCUCCAGCCCCUUUUCCCCUGGAGCCGGGGGACGCCGCGACCGCUGCCGCCAGGGUGAGCGGAGAGGAAGGGGCAGUGGCGACGGCGGCGGCCGGAGCGGCGGCGGAUCAGGUACAACUCCACUCGGAACUUCUGGGCAGGCACCACCACGCUGCCGCCGCCGCGCAGACCCCGCUGGCCUUCUCGCCCGACCACGUCGCCUGCGUGUGCGAGGCACUGCAGCAGGGGGGCAACCUGGACCGCCUGGCCCGGUUCCUGUGGUCCCUGCCCCAGAGCGACCUGCUACGUGGCAACGAGAGCCUGCUGAAGGCGCGGGCGCUCGUGGCCUUCCACCAGGGCAUCUACCCCGAGCUCUACAGCAUCCUCGAGAGCCACAGCUUCGAGUCGGCCAACCACCCGCUGCUGCAGCAGCUCUGGUACAAGGCGCGCUACACCGAGGCCGAGCGAGCCCGCGGCCGGCCGCUAGGAGCCGUGGACAAGUACCGGCUGCGCAGGAAAUUCCCCCUGCCCCGCACCAUCUGGGACGGCGAGGAGACGGUGUAUUGUUUCAAGGAGAAGUCGCGCAACGCGCUCAAGGAGCUCUACAAGCAGAAUCGCUACCCUUCGCCCGCCGAGAAGCGGCACCUGGCCAAGAUCACCGGCCUCUCCCUCACCCAGGUCAGCAACUGGUUCAAGAACCGCCGGCAGCGCGAUCGGAACCCCUCCGAGACCCAGUCCAAAAGUGAGUCAGAUGGCAACCCCAGCACUGAAGAUGAAUCCAGCAAGGGACAUGAGGAUUUAUCUCCUCACCCACUCUCCAGUUCAUCUGAUGGCAUCACCAACCUCAGCCUUUCCAGUCAUAUGGAGCCAGUAUAUAUGCAACAAAUUGGAAAUGCUAAGAUAUCAUUAAGCUCUUCUGGAGUUCUGUUGAAUGGAAGCUUGGUACCUGCAAGUACUUCACCUGUCUUCCUUAAUGGAAAUUCUUUUAUUCAGGGACCCGGUGGAGUUAUCCUUAAUGGAUUAAAUGUGGGAAAUACACAGGCAGUGGCACUGAACCCACCAAAAAUGUCAUCAAACAUUGUGAGCAAUGGUGUAUCCAUGACUGACAUACUGGGGUCUACCUCCCAGGAUGUGAAGGAAUUCAAAGUCCUCCCAAGUUCUGCUAACUCAGCAGCCACCACGUCCUACAGCCCCAGUGUCCCUGUCUCAUUCCCAGGCCUGAUACCCAGCAAUGAGGUGAAAAGAGAAGGCAUUCAAACAGUGGCUUCCCAAGAUGGGGGUUCUGUAGUGACUUUUACUACACCAGUGCAAAUUAACCAGUAUGGCAUUGUCCAGAUCCCCAAUUCCGGCACAAACAGCCAGUUCCUUAAUGGGAGCAUUGGAUUCUCUCCACUGCAGCUGCCCGCUGUGUCCGUGGCAGCUUCACAAGGUAAUAUCUCAGUAAGUUCAAGCACUUCAGAUGGGAGCACAUUUACAAGUGAGUCUGCCACAGUUCAGCAAGGAAAGGUUUUCUUGAGCUCUCUUGCUCCCAGUGCAGUGGUAUACACGGUUCCUAAUACAAGCCAGACUAUAGGAUCUGUGAAACAGGAAGGCUUGGAGAGGAGCCUGGUAUUUUCUCAGUUGAUGCCUGUCAAUCAGAAUGCACAAGUAAAUGCAAACCUGUCUUCUGAAAACAUCUCGGGGAGUGGCCUCCAUCCACUGGCCUCCUCAUUAGUUAAUGUAUCUCCAACUCACAAUUUUUCUCUCAGUCCCCCUACAUUACUAAAUCCCACUGAGCUAAACCAUGACAUUGCCGACAGCCAACCAAUGUCUGCACCGGUGGCAAGCAAAUCUACUGUGACAUCUGUCAGCAACACUAACUAUGCAACUCUUCAGAACUGCUCCCUUAUUACUGGUCAAGACCUAUUGUCAGUCCCUAUGACUCAGGCUGCCCUUGGGGAAAUAGUUCCUACAGCUGAAGAUCAGGUAGGUCACCCCUCCCCAGCAGUACAUCAGGAUUUUGUCCAAGAACAUCGUUUGGUUCUGCAAUCGGUAGCUAACGUGAAAGAGAAUUUCUUACCAAAUUCUGAGAGCAAAGCAACAAGUAGCUUAAUGAUGCUGGACUCUAAAUCCAAGUAUGUCUUAGAUGGCAUGGUUGAUACUGUCUGUGAAGACCUGGAAACAGACAAAAAAGAACUUGCCAAGCUCCAGACUGUCCAGCUGGAUGAAGACAUGCAAGACUUAUAAACUCUAUUUCCUCCUCACCUCGUUUUGGCAUCAGCGGCAAAUCUUUUCAUGAAGGCCCAAGGACACAAAACAUUUUCCCAUUUAAAGGAAAACACUCUAGUUUUGCAAGUAUAUGCAUACAAGAGACUUUAGAUUGAUCUGCAUGAAGAUCACAGUUAAGUAUACAGAAGUAGAACUGCAUUAUUGCAGCCUUUUUGUUCACUUAUAAAUGUUCUCUUUUAAAUAGAUGGAGACAAAGGAACAAGGUGAAAUGUAUCAAGUCAAAGUGAAUCAUUUGGUUGACUCUAUAAUUCUAAGGUCAAAAUGGAACUUGAUAGUUUUUUAAAUUAAAAAAUGUGUACACCUAACAUAGAAAAUUAAAGAUAGCUGCAGACCAUUAGAAAUAAUACAAUUGUUUUUGUUUACUUUUACUCCAUGGGCAUUGAAAAGGUUAAGAAACAUAAAUGGUACAUAUUUUUAAAGUUAAGUAGCAUGCAUAGAUAUAUGCACACACACCUCUUUUUCAGCAUUUUUUGAGAAAGUCUUGGGU